AUGUCUUCAAAGGAGUCACCGAGCCGCAAGAGCUCAAGCUAUGGGCAGUCGACCAGGAAUGGAAGCUGUCAGGCUGACACGCAAAACGGUCAACUCCCCCCUGUGGGGGAGAAGCCCAAGGCUCCCAAGGAGAAUGCCAUGAAGAAGCUCAAGGAGAUGUCCAAGCGUCCGCUUCCUACCGAGCAUGGUGAUGGAACAUACCCUACCCAGAAGUCACUGACUGGUAUUGGGGAAGACUUGAAGCAUAUUCGUGGUUAUGAUGUCAAGACUCUACUCAACAUGGUCAAGUCCAAGCUAAAGGGAGAGAAGCUCCAGGAUGACAAGACCAUGAUGAUGGAACGCGUCAUGCAGCUCGUUGCCAGACUUCCUACCGACUCCAAGAAGCGUGCUGAGCUUACCAACUCGCUGGUCAAGGAUUUGUGGGAGAGUCUGGAUCACCCUCCGCUCAACUAUCUCGGCCCUGAGCACGCAUACCGCACGCCUGAUGGUACCUUUAACAACCCAUUUAACCCUCACCUCGGUGCGGCAAACACUCGCUACUCCCGGUCCGUGAUCCCUACCGUCACCCCGCCGGGUGCCCUGCCGGACCCUGGCCUGAUAUUUGACUCCAUCAUGGGACGCACGCCCAACUCGUACCGCAAGCAUCCAAACAACGUCUCAUCUAUCCUGUGGUACUGGGCUACAAUCAUCAUCCAUGACAUCUUUUGGACCGAUCCUCGCGACAUCAACACCAACAAGUCUUCGUCGUAUCUCGACCUGGCGCCUCUGUAUGGCAACAGCCAGGAGAUGCAGGAUUCGAUUCGUACAUUCAAGGAUGGUCGCAUGAAGCCUGAUUGUUAUGCAGACAAGCGGCUUGCAGGGAUGCCGCCUGGUGUCAGCGUUCUCUUGAUUAUGUUCAACCGCUUCCACAAUCAUGUGGCGGAGAAUCUAGCAUUGAUCAACGAAGGUGGCAGGUUCACCAAGCCCAGCGAGCUACUAGAGGGUGAGGCCAAGGAGGCCGCCUGGAAAAAGUAUGACAACGACCUCUUCCAGGUUGCACGUUUGGUGACCUCGGGUCUGUAUAUCAACAUCACCCUGGUGGACUACGUUAGGAACAUUGUCAACCUCAACCGUGUCGACACCACAUGGACCCUGGAUCCUCGUCAAGAUGCGGGUGCCCACGUCGGUACCGCAGAUGGAGCCGAGCGUGGCACUGGCAACGCCGUCUCGGCCGAGUUCAACCUCUGCUACCGCUGGCACUCGUGCAUCUCGGAAAAGGAUAGCAAGUUUGUCGAGUCGCAGUUCCAAAACAUCUUUGGCAAGCCGGCCUCUGAGGUCCGCCCCGAAGAGAUGUGGAAGGGCUUUGCCAAGAUGGACAAUGCCACCCCUGCCGACCCGGGCCAGCGCACCUUUGGCGGCUUCAAGCGUGGUCCCGAUGGCAAGUUCAACGACGACGACCUUGUCCGUUGCAUUUCAGAGUCGAUCGAGGACGUCGCAGGUGCUUUCGGUGCCCGCAACGUGCCUCAGGCCAUGAAGGUUGUCGAGACGAUGGGUAUCAUCCAAGGCAGGAAGUGGAACGUCGCCGGCUUGAACGAGUUCCGUAAACAUUUCCACCUCAAGCCGUAUGAUACGUUCGAGGAGAUCAACUCGGAUCCUGGCGUCGCCGAGUCUCUCCGCAGGCUGUACGACCACCCGGAUAACGUCGAGCUUUACCCUGGUUUGGUGGCCGAGGAGGACAAGCAGCCCAUGGUCCCUGGUGUUGGUAUUGCUCCUACCUACACCAUCAGCCGUGUCGUGCUCUCGGAUGCUGUGUGUCUCGUCCGUGGAGACAGGUUCUACACUACCGACUUUACGCCACGCAACCUGACCAACUGGGGUUACAAGGAGGUCGACUACGACCUCGGCGUCAACCACGGCUGUGUCUUCUACAAGCUCUUCAUCCGUGCAUUCCCCAACCACUUCAAGCAGAACUCGGUCUACGCACACUACCCCAUGGUGGUCCCGUCCGAGAACAAGCGCAUCCUGGAAGCUCUAGGACGUGCCGACCUGUUCGACUUUGAAGCACCCAAGUACAUCCCUCCUCGCGUCAACAUCACGUCUUACGGAGGUGCCAAGUACAUCCUCGAGACGCAGGAAAAGUACAAGGUUACCUGGCACGAGGGUCUUGGGUUCCUCAUGGGCGAGGGAGGUCUCAAGUUCAUGCUUUCGGGUGACGACCCGCUGCACGCCCAGCAGAGGAAGUGCAUGGCCGCUCAGCUGUACAAGGAUGGCUGGACCGAUGCCGUCAAGGCCUUCUACGCCGGCAUGAUGGAGGAGCUGCUCGUCAGCAAGAGCUACUUCUUGGGCAACAACAAGCACCGCCAUGUCGACAUCAUCAGGGACGUCGGCAACAUGGUCCACGUGCACUUUGCCAGCCAGGUCUUUGGUCUCCCUCUCAAGACGGCCAAGAACCCGACCGGAGUGUUCACCGAGCAGGAGAUGUACGGUAUCCUGGCAGCCAUCUUCACUACCAUCUUCUUCGACCUCGACCCGUCCAAGUCCUUCCCCCUGCGUACCAAGACGCGCGAGGUCUGCCAGAAGCUGGCCAAGCUCGUCGAAGCCAACGUCAAGCUCAUCAACAAGAUCCCCUGGUCCAGGGGAAUGUUUGUCGGCAAGCCGUCCAAGGAUGAGCCGCUAUCCAUCUACGGCAAGACCAUGAUCAAGGGAUUGAAGGCUCACGGGUUGAGCGACUAUGACAUUGCCUGGAGCCACGUCGUCCCUACAUCGGGCGCCAUGGUUCCCAACCAGGCUCAGGUGUUUGCCCAAGCUGUGGACUACUACCUGUCUCCCGCCGGCAUGCAGUACAUUCCCGAGAUCCACCUAGUCGCCCUUCAGCCAUCAACUCCGGAGACGGAUGCUCUCCUCCUCGGCUACGCCAUGGAAGGUAUCAGACUCGCCGGAACCUUUGGUUCGUACAGGGAAGCUGCCGCAGACGACGUGGUAUUUGAGGAUGACGGCCGCCAGGUGCCAGUGAAGGCUGGUGAUCGCGUCUUUGUAUCCUUUGUGGAUGCCGCCCGUGACCCUAACCACUUCCCCGACCCAGAGGUGGUCAACCCCCGCCGCCCCGCCGAGAAGUACAUCCACUACGGCGUUGGUCCCCACGCGUGCCUGGGCAGGGACGCCAGCCAGAUUGCCAUCACCGAGAUGUUCAGGUGCCUCUUCCGCCGCAGGAACGUGAGGAGGGUGCCGGGACCGCAGGGAGAGCUGAAGAAGGUGCCCCGUCCCGGUGGCUUCUAUGUCUACAUGAGGGAGGACUGGGGUGGCUUGUUCCCCUUCCCCGUCACCAUGCGGGUUAUGUGGGAUGAUGAGUAG